AUGAAGGACGUGAGCUUCGCGUACAACGAGGAGGAGGGCCCCCUGAUCCUCACGAACGUCACGUGCAAGUUGACCCUCAGCAGCCGCAUUGGCAUUGUCGGCGCGAACGGAGCAGGCAAGAGCACGCUGCUGAACCUCAUCUGCGGCGAGCUCACGCCCUCGCCCGGCCCCGACGGUGCCCAGCGCGGCGAGGUCUCUAGGCACCGCAAUUUGCGCCUUGCCUACAUCGCCCAGCAGCACAUGUAUCACCUGGCCGAGUUCAUGAACAGCACCCCGUAUCCAGGGAGAAGCGCUUCAAAGAGGGCUAUGACGAGGCGCUGCAGCGACGGCUGA